UUGUUGAGUUGGCCAUAUUGGAAUGUGAAGAUCCGGCAGCAGUCAGAUUUUAUCUGGAAAAAGCAAGAAAAUACAUAUUAAUCUCGACCGCACCGCACGGGUAAAGCCCUGACACCCCAGCCGACAGCCGGCCUGUGGCGGACGGACAGCUGUCUGCGUUAUUCGUGCGGAAAAAUACAGAAAAUGAGCCCCACCGAUGCCAAGCGGGGAGCCAAGCGGAGGAAGAACAAGCGGGGCGCCGGCGGUGGCAGCAGCAGCACGGGGAGCAGCGCCGCAGGAAAGACCGGGGCUCAGAGUGCGGCCCGGGCCUCUGCAGCAGCUGCGGCGGCAGCAGCAACCUCCACUAACGCGGGCUUUCUGAGCACAGGGAGCGGGGAAACCGGUCUGAACGGGGAGGUUCCGAUGAAUGGUACGCCGCAGUUUUCUGAAGGUCCAGUGAACUCAGACUUUUCCGGAGUCCUUCAGACCCCGUUCACGUUCGGUCUGAAUCAGAAAGCCCCCUACACCACCGGUGAUCGGUGUCUGCUGUGCCGCAGUGAGCGUAAGGACAGCGCUUUACAGGAAUCGGGACAGAAUGGCACGGGCCAAUCCCCCAAAGCCUCCAGCGCCCUCCAGUUACCCCUCUACGUCUGCCCCGACUGUAAAAGCACUGUGGAGAAGGACAACCGCCAGCCCCCCUCGGACCAGUCCUCGUUGAAUCAGGACUUUUUGUUGCACAUGCCGAUGGGUAGCGGUGGAUUAUCCCAGGAGGCAGCGGGAGCCGGCGGGAGGUUAAUUGUGGGGGCUCCUACCUUACCAACACCGGACCUCAGCACGCAGAUCUCCGCAGACACGGUGUGCAGCUGUGAGGCCUGCAACGAGAGGAGGGAGAUCACAGCGGAAUCAGAGCGCGAGUCCCAGCAGCUACAGAACCACUGGUCAGAGGUUCGAUACCUCGUCCGCUGCAUCUACCGUCAGACAGGCACUCCACUGGCCGACGACCAGGACCAGCCGCUGGACCGGGACAAAGAGAGCAUGAAGGAGCUGGUGGACAGGCUUUGUGAAAAGGACCCGUACCAGCUGUACCAGCGGCUGGAGCAGCAAGCGCGCGAAUACGUUCUAGAAACAAAAGUUCGGCUGCUCAAACACUUAUCGGCCGGUUCAGAAGCUGCAGGAGCCACUCAGGGUCCACCGCAGGCCCACCAGUUCAUCUCGCUGCUACUGGAGGAGUACAGUGCCCUCUGCCAGGCGGCGAGAACCAUCAGCAGCUUCCUGCUUACACUGGAGAACGAGCAUCUAAAGAAGUUCCAGGUGACGUGGGAGCUUCACAAUAAGCACCUGUUCGAGAGCCUGGUGUUCUCCGAGCCCAUCCUGCACAGCAGCCUGCCUGCACUCGUCUCCCAGCUCAAGCAGGGCACGGCGUCUCACGACUCGUACAGUGAGGACAUGUACAGGGCGCUGCUGGACAGUCUGCACAGGCUGGAGCAGGAGAUGAAGGCAGUGGCGGUGGAAUGGAUGGAGUGUGAGAAGAGGAUAGACGAUUACGUUGAUGAGCAGUUACUUUUUAAGGUGGAAGGGCAAAACCUCACAAAUCAGCGGACUGAACCACAUAAGUCUCUAAUCAGUAAAAAUAUGUCUUUAAGGACUAAGCAGCGCAUGCUUAAAGAAGAUGGGGAGAUCUUCAAACAGAGAAGGUUUUUUGAGGAGCAGUUCCUGCAGAACAGUAAGAAGUCUCUGGCAGGAGACAGCACCUUCACAGACACCGUAAAGCAGAUGCUCUCCUCUAGACUCAACAUCCCAGACUGUCCCAACUGCAACUACAGGAGAAGGUGCACGUGUGACGACUGCAGCCUCUCGCACAUCCUCACAUGUGGCAUCAUGGAUGCCCCGGUGGGGGAGGAGCUGCACCUGAAGUUACCGCUGCAGGCAGAUCCUCCGAGGGACUAUCUGGCUGAGGUGCAUCCUCCCAGCAUCUCCUCUGGAAGCUGUGGCUCUGGAUCCGGGUCUGGAUCUGGGUCAGGAUCAGCAUCCAGCUCCCCAAUCACCAUCCAGCAGCACCCCCGCCUCCUCCUGCCUCAGGACGGAGCCCCCACGUUCGGUAGUGAUGAAGAUGACGACGAUGAAGUGCCUCCACUCUCAGCCAUUUACCCCCUGAGCAGGUAUGAAGAUGCUGGAGUUGUGGCCAGUAUGAACGGAAUCCACGCACAGCUGAACGGAGGGGGAGAGAACAUGGCUCUCAAAGAUGAGUCUCCGAGGGGGAGCAGCAGCAGCUCCUCAGAGGGGGAUGAUGAGGAGGGGGAGGGGGAGCGUGUGGGUCAGUCUCUGGGCCAGCAGGGGGAGCUCUCUCGGAGCAAAACUGACAGUCCUCCUCCAUCGUACCCGCACACACAGGUAGAGCAGGUGCAGCACCCGUGCGAGUGUCACGUGUGUAAUCAGGGCAGUGGUGACGGCAGCACGGCGGGACUGGGCACGGCUGCUCUUCCUCCCGGCCGCCUGCACACGAGCUCUCACCAGUUCUUCUCUGAGAAAACUGCGGCCCACCCGGCACUGCACCUCUACCCCCACAUACACGGCCACCUGCCCCUGCACAACCUGUCCCAACUGCCCCGCCCACUGCUGCCCACACUGUACUCCAGCCAUCCCCUCACCCACAACAAGACUCUUCCUCCAGCCCCAACGUCUAACCAUGGUGGUGGGAAGCUGCAGCAGCAGCAGGUGUUCAGCCCGGCUCUACCGGAACACGUUUAUCAGAGUUGUUUCGGUGGAACGGGAGACUGGAACGGCUUUCUGCCCUGCCCCUCGCUCAAGUUCGAGAACCUGUGGGACACGCACAUGAUGAAAAACUGGAACCCCAGUGUGCUGCUGCAGGAGCCGCUACCUGGUGACAUGCUAGGUCCGCCUCUCCCCGACGUGCCCCUCCUCUCCUCAGGCUUAGACCCCGCCUCCCCCUCCUCCUCUCUCCCCGCCCCCGACGGCAAGGAGAAGAAGAACGGCUCUAAGAAGAAGUGUCUAUUCAACUACCAAGAUGCCUUCAUGGAGGCCAGCGAAGUCGUGAUGGUCACUUCCUCGGCCAUUUCCUCCGUCUCCAGUACCGCCACCACUGUCCAGUCAAGUAAUAAUCACAUCCACGUUUCAUCUAAAAGACCCACCUCGCUAGGUGAAGUAUUUCACAAUAUAGUAAAAGAGGACCAUAUACAACCCAGCCCUGUUGCCCCUAGGAAUAGCCCCACCGGUCUGGCCUCCUUACCCCCUCUAAACGGCCCCAGUCACCCCCCUGCCCCAAACACGCACCUACCCAGCAUGGGCUCUCAGCCCUUCCCAAAGACUGUAACUCCAGCCCCAGGCUUCUUAGAGGCCCACCAAGGUCUGUGCCUGUCCGCCGGGGAGCAGCCCCCUGCUCCAGCUGAAGGUCCAAUCAGUGGACCCAACAGUGUAUGCAGUGAUCCAGACUGUGAGGGUCAUCGCUGCGAAGGGGGCGGGGCCUAUGAGCACCAGGCGUAUGAAGGUGAGGAGAGUCCGGAUGAGGACAGCUGCUCUGAACAUAGCUCCUCCACCUCCACCUCCACCAAUCAGAAGGAAGGAAAAUACUGUGACUGCUGCUACUGUGAAUUCUUCGGCCAUGGAGGGCCCCCCGCGGCCCCCACCAGCAGGAACUAUGCAGAGAUGCGGGAGAAGCUCCGGCUGCGGCUCACCAAAAGGAAGGAGGAGCAGCAGCCAAAGAAGGAGGAGCUGGUGCUGGAGAGGGACGGGGUGGAGGACCACCGCAAGGUGGAGGACCUACUGCAGUUCAUCAACAGUGCUGAUAACAAACCGGUCAGCAGCGCCAAAGCAGCCAAACGGGCCCGGCACAAACAGAAGAAGAUGGAGGAGAAAGCACGUCUGGAGGCGGAGGCGCGGGAGCGGGAGAUGCAGCAGCAGCUGCUGGAGGAGCAGCGGAGGCGGCGGGAGGAAGAGGAGGAGGCGCUGAAGCAGGAGCUGCUGCGGCUCAAGGAGAUGCGGCAACUCCGCGCGGCCAAGAAGAAGAAGAAGGAACACAAGUCCAAAGAAGCUGCAGCUACGACGGCUACUGCCAAGCCCGACACACCCUCCCACCCUGCACCCACCACGACCCCCAUCCCCACCACUAACAACCCCCAGCCGCUUCGCCAGACCGCACAGAACGUUCUAGAGAACAUGCAGAACGGCAAGACGCAGCUGCUGCACGGCCUCAUCCACCUCGCCCCCAAGGAGCCUCGCCUGGAGCCGGAGACGCAGACCCCGGCCAAGAACAGCCAAUCACCGCAGCAAAGCCCAAAGAGCAGCAAGGAGAAACCCACCGAGCCCACGGCUCUCACCAACGGCACGUCGCCUCACCCAGAGCCCACAAACAACAGGGCCAAAUCCAGACAGCAGCCUAACACCACCUGCAAAUCAAUCAACGGAGAGCCCAUUAAGAAGCCACUGGAGCCCCCCAGAGCUCCAGAGCCCGCUCCCAAAGCGGCCAGCAUGAACGGAGUUCACCCAGAAUUCAGGCCCAGGCCUGCUGAGGAGCAGCACUCUGAAGCCAAGAAGGAGGAGAGGAAUCAUGGGAGGAAGCAGCAGAACGGAGUGAAGGAGGAGAGAAAUUCCCCCGUAAUCGAGCCCCCGUUCAUCGAAGCCCCCCAGCAGAACGGUAAAGCCGCGCCGGCCGAGUCGCCCCAGCCCAAAGGCAAGGCCAAGAAGAACAAGAAGAAGAAAGCAGAUAAGAUGAAUAAUUCUAUAGACGACGUGUUCUUGCCUAAAGACAUCGAUCUGGACAGCGUUGAAAUGGACGAGACCGAGCGCGAGGUGGAAUAUUUCAAAAGGUUCUGCUUGGACUCUGCCCGACAGACACGGCAGAGGCUCUCCAUCAACUGGUCCAACUUUAGCUUGAAAAAGGCCACGUAUGCUGCCCACUGAACUGGGGCUUCCCUUGAAGAGACUGGCAGGAAUCAAUCAGCAAUUUCCCUUUCUCUCUCUCUCUCUCUCCCUCACUCUCCCUCUCCUUCUCUCUCCCUCUCUCC